AUAUCUUACCGCUGAUUAAGAGAGAUCUUUCUCUCUCUGUCGCCCCCAAAUUCCCAGAUCCGGAAUCACACACUCUCAUUUGCAGAUCCAAGCCCUAGGCCCCUGCUCCAAUGGCGGAGUCGCCCUCGCCCCUCCCGAUUCCCAACGAGCACCACCACGGCACGGCGCUGCUCCGGGAGAUCGCGGUGGACUACUGCCCCGAGGCGUGCGACCACUCCCCGGCGGCGUCGGAGAUCCGCGUCGUCUUCGACCACCGCGGCGGCGCUCGGUGGCGCUCCCGCUCCCGCUUCCGCUUCGGCACGUUCGGCGCCCUCAUCCGCGGCCCCGGCGGCGACACGAGCGGCCUCAACUUCAACCUCUACCUCUCCUCCCUGGAGGGCGACAAGUCCCAGGACGAGAUCGACUUCGAGUUCCUCGGCAACGACCCCUCCGCCGUCCAGACCAACUUCUACACCGCCGGCCUCGGCCGCCGCGAGCGCAUCCACCCGCUCGGCUUCCACGCCGCCGACGGCUUCCACGAGUACCUCAUCAAGUGGGCGCCCCAUCUCAUCGAGUGGCUCGUCGACGGCGCCGUCCUCAGGAGGGAGGAGCGCAGCGCCGCGCACCAGCCCUGGCCCCUCAAGCCCAUGUUCCUCUACGCCUCCGUCUGGGACGCCAGCUACAUCGACGACGGCCGCUGGACCGGCAGCUACGUCGGCUCCGACGCGCCCUACGUCUGCCUCUACCGCGACGUCAGGGUUCCGAUCGACAACGCCGUGGCCGAGGAAGGCGAUGCCGCCGCCGAAGCAGCAGCAGCAGCAGCAGCAGAGGCCGAGAAACAAAAUGUAAGUUGAGAUCUCUCUACCUUCUCUUAUGUCUGAGUCGUAUUCCGGAGGAUUAAAUGCUUCUCUUUGUACAUCAACUUAUUUAAGGGACGAUUAUAGUAUCUUACCUACAUCAUCCCGUUCCUUUUUGUGAUGUUCGAAGAUAUAAUUCAUCAAAAAGUUGAUGUACAAGUAUUUAGAUGCUAUUUGUGUUUUUGAGUUGUUGUUGUUGUUGUUGUUGUUCUUGUUCUUGUUGUAUUGAAUUCUGGUUAGUGACAAUAAUGUGAUUGUUCUGUUGUUGGUUAUCUCACAAUUGCAAUAAGCAAAUUAUGGGCCAUGUUGUGUUCAAA